CUGUAUAAAACUUGCGAAUCACUCUCCCUGCACUAAAGCACGGUUUUUCACCUGAUCCACACAGGACCUAUCUGAGCGAGCUGACCAACCCUGACCAUGAACAGGAUUCUGCUGGGCAUCUUUGCAGUGGCGUUGUGCUUCACAGCGGCCCACACUCUGCAGUGCUAUAAAUGUGACAUAGGUUUGUGGAGUUUGUGUGUGACCUCCACGCAGACAUGCAGUGCGGGUGACCUGUGCUAUAGCGGAGUGGGUACAGCAGUGGGCUUUGUUAAGCUGAAGAUGAAGGGCUGCUUGGCACAGACUGAAUGUAACAAGACAACUGACGUGAACUUCCCAUCCGGCUCCAACUCCACCGUCUACAAAAUGACCAAGACCUGUUGCAGUACUGAUCUGUGCAACGCUGCCCCUGGCCUGUCCCUGCACACUCUCACACUGGCAGUCGCCUCCAUCACCUCACUCCUCAUCUCUAAGGUCCUGGUGUGAGGUCAACACAUUCACAAUUGUGCAGACACCCACCCUUACCCCACCUACAGAUUAUUUAAGGGUCAUUUAUACUGGUAACACUGUAAACAAUGGCUCAUCAGAUCAAACUAUAAAAUUACUUAAUGAACUGGUUUAAUUCAACUGAAAAAUGACAUUAAUUGAAAGAAUCAUUCAUCUGAUUUUCAUUGAGGUUGAAUACAACUAGUUAAUUCACUUGUUACCACAUUAAGUAAUUGUUUAGGUUGAAUUGACAAGCCAUUUUUUACAGUAUACUGUAGGGCAGCGUCCAUAUGGCUACAUAUGCUGGUCAUGACAGCUUAAAUAAACUGGUACCACUUCACAAUAAGACCACCCUUGUAAAGGCUUCAUGAUUGGUUUCAAACUGGUUUAUUAAGGAGGUCAUAAAUGCCUUAAAAGUCAUUAAUAAGCCAUGACAACACAUAAAUAAAAAUGGCAAAAGUGUGAUGAAGUUGAUGGUUUUAAUGCUGACUUAAGUUUUGGACUCACUAUUUGGCAAGCAACAGGUCACCGUUGCCAUUUUAAGGGUUAUAACUGCUUAUUCAUGAUUUUAAAGACUGUAUGGCAAUUAUUAAACUCCUGACAUAGCUGUUAUGUCAAAUAUGCUUCAAGUUGCCAAAUACAACCUCUAUAACAAGUGAUGCCUAUUGGAAUAAGCCUAUUGUUUGAAUGAAGGGCUUAUGUAGGUGUCGUGUAGCCUUAUUAACACUGCCCUACAGUAAAGUGUUCCCCUUAUUUCUUCAUCACACUCACAUGCACUAAUGUGAAGCAGCUCGUCCAACUUUCUGCACCCUGUAAUCGUGAUUUAGGAAAAUCUCUUGUUGCCAUGAAGCUUCAGAUUUGUGCAUUCAUGUAUAUUAAUUUGCAUAUACAUAUACUGCCAUAUGAUGUCAUGUUAUUGUUAACUCCAUCAGAUUUCAAAUAAUUAAUCCUCUUUUAAAGACAUUUCGUUAUGCUUAGUGUUAGGUCCUUUGCUUGUGCUGUACUGAGCAAAACAGCUAUUUACAUUGGCUGUAAAUUUCUGAUUCCAGACAUCUUUGCUUUCCUGUCAUGAUAUUGUGGACAACAUUAGCAAAGCAUAUCUAUAAAUGAACUUAAAAGCAAUUUAUAAUGUGGCUGUUUGAAAUUUUGAUAACACUUUAUUUGAAGCCUACCUACAAAGGGAUUUCAUAAAACAUAUAUAAACAUUGGAUUUUUGAAGCAAUAUUUUUGCUCUAUGUCAGUAAGUUGCUUUUGGUUUAAACCCCUUAUGUCACUUAUCAAAAUUCAUAAAAAAUUAUUUUGAUUGUGUCUUGCCAUUACAGGCAUAAGCUGUUAGUAAAUACUCUAUUAUUGCUUUAUAAAUAUGUUAUUCAAUGCUUAUACAUAUGUUAUGAUGUCACUAUGUACUCUAAAUGAAGUGCUACUGAAUUUUUCCCAGGGUAAAUUCCAAGUGCCUUGUUGUCAAGUUACCAAAUCAUCAUUUUAGUGUUGAUAAAUUGAUUUUAACAGUUGACAGUCUUUGGAAAGGUUUUAAAUGAUAUCUCUAGGAAUUUAAUCGACAUAUUUUCCCCUGGGAGAAAUAUCCUAGGAUGCUACUGCUUAUGGGUUGAUACACAUAUUGUUUCUUGUUGUUUUUGUUUGUUCAAAUGUUUUAAUUUGUUAUACCCCUUCAAACACUUUCAUUUGGAGGCCAAAUUUUUAUGGAAAAGUGCAGUGUUUUAAGCUUUCUUCGGGAUUCAUCGGUGAACUGGAAACAUUUCAGCAUGCCAUCGCAUGCAUAUGAGGAUAUAUAAUGUGGUAAAUGCUGUCUGGAAAUUUCUCCUGGAAAAAUGAAUUAAGUGCUUGAGAUGAUGUUGGCUAUGGACAUCCUGCAGAUAGCUUAGCUGAUCAGGUACUAUUUUGUGUUGCAUGUUUUUUCAGUUAUUGUGGUAUAAAAACAUAACAUAUUAGUGCAUAUAUGGAGUUAGAGCUCAACUCAGCAGUACUGUGGCCCUCUGGGAUCAGGAGCCAUAUUCAACAACUUAGAGCUGGUUUUCAUUCAUGCAAUAGUAAAUCCAAAGCAAUCCGAUUGGUUGAAAAAUGUGCUGUUGCAUCUGAUGCUAAGACACUUGGUUUAUUGUGCCUGUAUCACUCUGCCACCUACCAGCUGCCAAGUAACAACAAUGAUUGCUUUACUCUAAGCUGCUGGAACUACUUUUUUUGUUGGAACAAUCUGCCAAUAAUAAAAACAUAUGUUUGAAAGAAUG